GCUCUCUUUCUCUCUCCCGCUUCUUUAUUUUUCCGACUUGUCAGAUCUCCCUUUCCAUUCCCCCUAACCCCUCCGAUCCUCCAUCGCCGGCCGGCGGAUGUCCGCCUCGCGCGCUCCCCCCGCCGCCGCCGCCACCAACCCCUCCGACCAGAUCAUGCACUCUAUGAAGCGCCAACUCCCCUUCUCCUCCAUGAAACCGCCUUUCCUCGCCGCCGGCGACUACCACCGCUUCGCCCCCGACCACCGCCGGGCCCUCGACCAAGAACCGGAGGCCAUCGUCGUCAAGACUCCCCAACUGAAGCGAAAGAGUGAAGUGGCUGAUUUUGAAGCUGAUUCUGGCGAUAGGAUGACUCCCGGAUCUGCUGAAGCAGCUAAUAGUCCUUUUCAGACACCUGUUUCAGGAAAGAUGGGAAAGGGAGGCAAAUCCUCUAGGCUGACAAAAUGUAACAGGCCUGGAGCUCAAACCUCAGGCUCAAAUAUUGGUUCUCCAGCGGGCAAUAAUCUCACUCCUGCUGGUCCAUGUCGUUAUGACAGCUCUUUAGGUCUGUUGACAAAGAAGUUCAUCAAUUUGAUCAAACAAGCUGAGGAUGGUAUCCUUGAUCUGAAUAAAGCUGCCGAUACAUUAGAGGUGCAAAAGAGGAGAAUAUAUGAUAUAACCAAUGUUCUUGAAGGGAUUGGCCUGAUAGAAAAGAAACUCAAGAACCGAAUUCAAUGGAAGGGACUGGAUGUUUCAAGACCGGGGGAGGCUGAUGAUAGUUUUGCUAGUUUACAGGCAGAAGUUGAAAAUUUAACAAUGGAGGAGCACCGGUUAGAUGAGCAAAUAAGGGAGAUGCAAGAAAGACUGCGGGAUCUUAGUGAAGAUGAAAACAACGAAAAGUUGCUUUUUGUGACUGAGGAAGAUAUAAAGAAUUUGCCCUGCUUCCAGAAUGAAACCUUGAUAGCAAUUAAAGCUCCGCAUGGCACCACUUUGGAGGUCCCUGAUCCUGAUGAGGCUGUUGAUUAUCCGCAGAGGAGAUACAGGAUAGUCCUCAGAAGCACAAUGGGCCCAAUAGAUGUUUACCUUGUUAGUCAAUUUGAAGAAAAGUUUGAAGAGAUUAAUGGUGUUGAUAUUUCACCCAAACUUCCAUCCAGUCCAGAUGUUAACAAGCAUCAAUCAACGAUGGUCCCAGAGGAUAGAGGGAAGGACAUAGAAGUGCAGGGACAAGAAGUUCAAGGGCCCAGUUCAGAUUUUGCUGCCUCUCAGGAUUUCGUGAGUGGGAUCAUGAAGAUUGUUCCUUCAGAUGUUGCUAGUGAAUCUGAUUACUGGCUUUUAUCAGAAGCUGAGGUUUGCAUAACUGACAUGUGGAGAACAGAACCUGAAGUUGAAUGGAAUGAACUGGAUCCUCUUCAAGGAGAUUGUUGUAUUACUCGCGAGAACACUACGACCCCAAGUCAACCUUCAAAUGUAGCUGAAGUGUCUUCCGCGCCUAAACCUACUGUUGGAGGUUGAAGCUUCCGAAGGAUACAUUGUGAAUAUAAAAGGGAACGUGGUACUCCUUUCCUGCUGAGAACCUAUGACAUCCAGCCAUCUCCCUUUUGUAUCCUCUCUGCAUAGUCCUGGAGGUUGGAUUGAAGGUUCCAUGAAGAUGCUUUCUCAUGUUUCUCCAAGUAAAUAUUACAUAACCUAAGCGACCUUAGUUCAAGAAAAAAAUUCUUUCUGCUUUGCUGAACCCUUUGUAUAUUAUUGUAAGUCUUGGUUUCUAGUUUACUUAGCUCGAUGUCUUAUGUUUGGCAAGCAAUAAAAACACUUAGGAAUGCAAAUUGAAAGAGUUACGCUCCCGGUCAAUGUUAUAAUAACGUAUCACUAUUCGUCAAUUUCAAUUGUUGCAAUGCUUGCAAUUCAGCACUGUUGUUGAAAUGACAAAAUUUCAUCUGGGAGUCUA